AGACACAAAAAUCGCAAACAUUAUUCUUCCACUUUAUUUACUUUUCACAAAAUUUGUUCACUCUAUCCAAUUCGAAAACGCCGAAAAGGGGGCACGUACCAGCCUGCAUAGGUACAUUAGUUCGGACACGGAGUUCAACUGUAUAAGUGGAGAGGAGGGAAAAGCCAGCUAAAAAAAGAGCGUGUACUGAACGCGCACCGCGAACCCAAGUCUCGACUAAGACGCGCAGAGAGCCCACACCUUUUUUGACAGGGCGGACUGUGAUACAGCCAAUCUUCUCAAUUCUCUCAACCUUUUCUCCUCAAUCCCUCUUUUUAACCAUUUUAAACAUCACGUCACUCUCUCCAACACUUCAUGUUACUGUGUAUUUUACUUUUCCUUUGAUAUGCCUCUUGACCAUUCAUGAAAUCCUCACCCAUCAAGAAGAUGGACGGGGCUAACGCAGAGGAGCCCACGUUGCCCCCUGCAUCUGCCUCUUCCAUCUCUAACACAGCUGGCAAGAAGCGACCUGCACCAUCUUUGCUUCCGCCAUUUGAACCUCUUUCAUCAUCACCUGGCUUUCCAAGACCAUUGAAGAGGCAAGCUCGAGAUGGAUCCGCCGCUUCGAGUGCCUUCCUGAAGUAUCCUACCCCUAUCCCAACUUCGAGUACCGGCAUCUUGUCAUCGUCUCCUCCACGCGUUCAAUCAUCUAGGCCUGGACUUCAACGUACUCAAUCAACCGUAUCGGAACGAGCACCCUUAUCCGCAGUACCCUCCGUCGAGCUCAAUGAGAAUGGUGAGAUGCUACUGAUGGGCCGAUCAAGCAGCUCAUCUCACCAUGUCCUUUCCACCAACCAUCUUAUCUCUCGAGUCCAUGUGAAGGCACGAUAUAUUCCCGCCCCGGACCCCUUCGUACCGAACAAGGUCGAGAUUAUCUGCAAUGGUUGGAAUGGAAUAAAACUGCAUUGCCAGGGACGAACGUGGGAAUUGUCAAAGGGAGAUACAUUCACAUCGGAAACUGAGACCGAGAUUAUGGUGGAUGUGCAGGACGCAAGAGUCAUGAUCCGUUGGCCUAAGAGGGAGCGUCACGACUCUGUUGCAAACCUAUCAGACUCAUCGUGGGAUGAAUCACCACGUUCUAGACCUCGUCGUAACGGCUCUGUGUCGGACUUUUUACAGUCAAGCCCCCUCCGACGAGAAGCGCGUAUCCGUUCGCCGGAGUCGCCAAGCCCAGCAGUACGCAAUUCGUCAAGCAACGUCAACUUGCUUCUAGACGACGACCCAAGUGAGCCCGUCCAAAUUUAUGAGGAUGCGAGUGGAGACGAGCAGGAGCUUCCCGCACCUGCUGCUGAUGUAGAUGUAUCCUUUGCCCAGACCGAGAUCACGAACAGCUUUUCCAGUGAUCUAAGCGAUCCCGGCGAUGACGACCUUGAUGAGGAGAAUGAUCCCAUCGUACAUUCUUUCGGUCCCUUUGGAGCCAACCUUUCCAAUCGCCUAGCUGCCUUCACUGCUGAAUCUCCUAAGCGAUCGCCUAAGCAGUCUCAUCAUGGAUCGUCAGGCGACACGACUGCCAAACCAUCGGCAGAGCCUGAGGAGAUCAUUAAUAGCAAUGUCGACGUAGCUGCUGUCCGAAACCAUAUUGUCAACCAAUUGGCAUUUUCCAGACUGUCAUCGAACCCCCUGUCCGCCAUCAUGAACAACCUGCCGGCCGAAGAGAAAAAGGACCUAACCAAGCCCGCUUUGAGUAAGAUCAUCGCGGAAACCUCUUGCAUCGGUAUCAUCACUCGUCAGGGGAAGGAUGCGGCUGGUAAGCCCCUGGAGAGCGAAUACUACUAUAUGCCCGAGCACGAUGAUGAUGAGUCACGCCGGGUUGCCGUGACGGAUGGCUUGCGAAAGCCGAGCCUGAGGGCAUGUAGAAAGCAACACAAGCAAUAUUACUGGAAGCGACCUAAGACUCCUUAGAUCUCGGAGCAGCCGGCUGCCCAUAAUUCGUAUCCGCUCCCAUAAAUCUAUUCACUCUCGAGAUUCGAUAUGGUGAGGUUUCCCUUCCUCGUAGACGAUGCUACUUUCUCAUUUAUUUCGUCGCUUGUGGCAUUGGUGAUGGUGCUAGUAUCAUCACCAAUCCUUGCAUAGCCGGAGGCGUUGGUCGGUUCUUUUCAUUAUGAUAUUUUCG